CGGCACGACACGACAAGGGACGAGACAAGGAGAGCAGGUAGAGCCAAGACGAGGUAGAGUGGACGAGGACAACGUCUGCCUGGAGGAGUAUGACCAGUCGAGGAGAAGGCGAGGACGGAGCUGGGCCGAACUUGGAAGCGGGAACGGUGGAAACGAUGACGACGGGUCAGACGAUGACGACGGAUAUGGUGACAGCUGGCCCAGAGGCUAGCAUGCUUGUGGCAGAUGAAGAGCUCAAGUCUUUGGAUGUGGAUACUCUGGCCAGGUUGCUGGCUCAGGAAGAGAAGGAGGUGGAGGCCAUCGAGGGUGACAUCAAGCGGCUGAAUGCACAGAAGCGGAUUCCGCUGGCCACGGGCAAGAACAAGGUCGAGUUUCUUAAGUCGUCAUUUGAUGAGAUCGAUUGGGAGAGCUUUGAGGCACCGGAGCACUGCGUGCCGAUCCGAGCGGAUGUGCGGCUGUUUGAUUGGGCUGCGCUGGGCGCACAGGUUCAGUUUGAUGUCAUUGUCAUGGACCCGCCGUGGCAGCUGGCGACAUCGGCGCCGACGCGCGGGGUGGCGCUCGGCUACUCGCAGCUCCGCGACGAGGACAUUAUGCGGAUUCCGGUGCCGAAGCUGCAGGAGAACGGCCUGCUCUUCAUCUGGGUCAUCAACGCGCGCUACUCGUUUGCCUUUCAGCUGUUCAAAGAGUGGGGCUACGAGUACGUCGACGACGUGGUUUGGGUCAAGCGGACAGUCAACCGGCGGAUGGCCAAGGGCCACGGGUACUACCUGCAGCACGCCAAGGAGACGUGCCUCGUCGGCCGCAAGGGCGCCGAUCCACCGACCCUGCAGUCGGGCGUCGUCUCGGACGUCAUCUGGUCCGAGCGCCGCGGCCAGUCGCAAAAGCCCGAGGAGAUGUACGAGAUGGUCGAGAAACUCGUCCCGAACGGUCGCUACCUGGAGAUCUUUGGCCGCAAGAACAACUUGCGCGAUUAUUGGGUGACUGUCGGCAACGAGAUUUAGCCCUUGCUGUAGUGGUCCGUAUCGACAGUUGCGAAUGCCUUCAAUCGUCCGCGUGUUCGUCACGUGGGCGGGCGUGUCUCUUGUAGCAGCCCUACCGUAAAGGAUUAAACUGAUCCGAGCCAA